AUGGCCGUUGAUCCAGCAACUGUAGACGGUCUGGAUUUCUCCAAGGCGAAGACCGAAACUUCAAAGUUCGGCUGGGGGGGGGCUCGGCGUGGAUGUAAUUAUGAGGAGCUGGCAGCUAGAGAGGAUCCAAGUGAGCAGCCAUUCGCAAACGUCGGUCGUAAGCGCAAGUCCAGGCGAGCAUGUUUCCGUCUCUCUCUCUUACACCUCUUCACUGAAAUAUUUUCCACGUUAAUAAGGAUGCCGGCGAAGGAUCCGCCAGGCAGUCCGACCAAGUCCCGGAGCAUCACCAAGACGGUAAAUGGCAGUCACCAGUUCAACAUCACCGGCUACUCUCUCGCCAAGGGCAUGGGAGUCGGCAAAUACAUGUCCAGCGACACGUUCACCGUCGGAGGCUACAAGUGGGCUAUUUACUUUUACCCUGAUGGGAAGAACGCGGAGGAUAACUCGCAGUAUGUUUCGCUCUUCAUCGCACUUGCAAGUGAGGGGACGGACGUCCGUGCGUUGUUCGAGCUGACGAUGCUGGAUCAAAGCGGUCGCGGUCGCCAUAAAGUCCAUUCGCACUUCGACCGCGCGCUUGAAUCUGGACCGUACACGCUCAAGUACCGAGGGUCCAUGUGGGGUUACAAGCGGUUCUUCCGGCGAGCGACGUUAGAGACGUCGGAUUAUCUCAAAGACGACACGCUACAGAUCACGUGUACGGUCGGCGUUGUUGUGACUGAAACGGAGGGUCCGAAGCAGCCGGUGUCGAUACCGAUUCCGCCGUCGCAGAUGGGGAAGGAUUACGAGGUGCUUCUGUACUCGGGCGAGGGAUGCGAUGUAACGUUCGACGUCGGAGAUGAAACGGUGUCCGCUCAUAGGGUCAUCCUCGCCGCGCGUUCGCCAGUCUUGAAGGCGUUACUGUACGGACCCAUGCGGGACAGGCGGGAGGGUAACAUCCCCGUUACAGACAUCGAGGCUCCGGUGUUUAAAGCCCUCCUCCAUUUCAUAUACACCGACGAUCUCCCGAGCUCCGGACCGUCCGCUUUUACGCCAAUCAUGGCGCAGCAUUUGCUGGCGGCUGCGGACCGCUACGCCUUAGACCGGCUGCGAUUAAUCUGCGAGUCGAAGCUGUGCGAGACGGUGGAUGCGGACACGGUCGCUACGACGCUGGCUCUCGCGGAGCAACACAACGCGAAGCGGCUCAAGAACGUGUGCCUGCAGUUCGCGGCGCAGAACCUCGCGAGUGUGAUCCAAUCAGAGGGCUUUGAGCAUCUACGAAUCAGCUGUCCGUCCCUUCAGGCGGAGCUGCUACAGGCUGUAGCAGGUGUGGGGAACAACAGUGAAAUCCUCGCUACAAGGAGGCCCGCGGAUUCCAUGUGGGCUGAGGAUUCGAAUGCAGAUGGAACUGACCCUACAGGGAGGAGAGUUAGGCUCAGGUUGGGGAAUCUGUAA